CCGCUGCUGGCGGUCUGCUGUCUUUUCCCCACUCCGUGCUCUUUAAAUGACUUGUACCGACUUCUUCAGCUGCCGCUCCCUCUAUACACCGGUAGUUUUCCGGUGUCUGGACCUACUUUGUGUGACUUACCAGGAAGCUGGAUCUUCUUCGUGACUGACAGACUUUGAAUCCCUUUAAAGCAGAUUUUCGGAGUGUGUGGGAGAGCAUCAUGUGGAGGAAGGCUUUGGUAGCGGCCCUGCUGGCACUAGCCGUUGGCUAUUUCUACGGCAGCCCGGAGCUGCCGGAGCAGAUCCUGCAGUACAUCAGCCUGCCAAACUUCCAGACUUUAUCUCAAAACCUGAACAGUCAGGACAGCUUGGAGCGGGUGAUCUCCAGCGCCUGGGAGGCUCUGAUAACUCUACCAACCCGGCAGUGGAGCAGAGUGGCAGUGGGGGUAAAUGCCUGCGUGGACGUGGUGGUCUCAGGAGUUUCACUCCUGCAGGCUCUGGCUGUGGAUCCUGGCAUCGGCCAGGAUCACGAAGUGCUGCACUCCAAAGAGGACUUGAAGGAAGCUUUCAUCCAUUACAUGGGGCGUGGAGCGGCCGCUGAGCGCUUCUUCAGUGACAGGGAGGCUUUUCAGAGGAUUGCUCGUGCAGCAGCAGAGUACCCCAAUGCAAAGUUCUACGUGGGAGGAAAUGCUGCCCUGAUUGCUCAGAAGCUUGCGACAUACCCUGAUCUGAUGGUUUUGCUUUGUGGUCCAGUUGGUCCUAAACUUCACGAGAUGUUGGAUGAGCAGAUAAUUGUUCCCCCAGAUUCCCUCCAGGAGACGGAUGAGUUUCACCUCAUCCUGGAGUAUAAAGCAGGUGAGAAAUGGGGUUCAACUCAGGCACCUCAAGCCAACCGCUUCAUCUUUUCUCACGACAUGUCCAACGGGAAGAUGAGCUCACUGGAGACUUUUGUGGCGAGCCUGGAAGAGUUCCAGCCCGAGCUUGUCGUCUUGUCUGGGCUCCACAUGAUGGACGGUCAGGGCCGAGAGCUGUGGGAGGAGCGGCUGAAAGAGGCUGUCUCGGCCAUAUCUGACAUCCGUAGAGACAUUCCCAUCCACCUGGAGUUGGCGAGCAUGACCGACAAAGACUACAUGAACAGCAUAAUGCAGGAGCAGGUUAUGCCCAUUGUCAGCUCCAUUGGGUUGAACGAGCAGGAGCUGCUCUUCCUCUCUCAGGCCGGAGAGGGACCUCAUGCAGAAACGGUGGCCUGGAAAGGCAUCCCGGAUGUGGGUCGGGUCAGCGACAUCCUCCUGUGGAUCCUGGAGCAGCACGGCCGCAGUGAGCCAUCGUCAGAAGCCGAUCUCACUCGGAUCCACUUCCACACGCUGGCCUACCACAUUCUGGUUACAGUAGACGGAUACUGGGGGAACCAGGUGGCGGCGGUGAUGGCCGGAGCGCGGGUGGCCAGCAAUCAGGCCUGUGGCCUCCAGUCUGUCGACGUCAGCAAGGUGGAGCUCAAAGCCCCUCUGGAGUUUUAUAGCUCCCACAUGGAGCCCCGGGAGCAGCUGUCCCUGAACCCAGCAGAGCCCGUUACAGUGUGGCACCGCGGAAACGUCACAUUUUACUUCACGCCGGUGCUGGUCUGCAAGCGCCCGCUUCGGACAGUUGGGCUCGGGGAUGCCAUCUCAGCAGAGGGACUGCUUUACUCAGAGUUACUUCCCCAGCAGCCUUUCUGAGGUUUGCUUCCAGCGGACUGUCAGCAUGGCAGACGGUGAGAGGAGCUUAAAAGAACCGGAGAGGUCUCAACUCCUACCGUGGUCAGCGGGAUGGAGUUGCCAGAUCUCCGGUUUUAAAUCCAGCCCGUGGACUCAUCCAGCCUGCCCUGAUCCUCUCUGUUGUCCCUCCUUCAUUUUGCUCGGGCUGACACAGAAACUGCGAGGUGGCCUGAGGCUUGAGGCUAUGCACUGGAUGCAGUUCGAAAGCCAUCUUCGCAAACUCCAAAGAGUUUUGUCGGCUCAGCAAAACUUCCUUCUGACCUGCAUAUCUUCAGUAUGCUGUGCCUUGAGAAAAUACACGAGAAGUUAUUGUUAAAUAUUUUAUCCAUAUUAUAGAGCUGAACAAACAAAAUGACCUUGAAGCUGUGACACGAACAGCUGAAACUGGAAACGGAUGCACAUGUGACCAUGUGGUAGAGUUAAGCGAUAGAUUUGCUUCUUCAACUUUGGGUGCAUAGAGCUUAGUCAAUAGAACAGCUUUAAAGGUUUAUUCUGUCAUGUUUAUCAAGCAUUACUCAGUGUCUGACUUAUUUACACGUAAGAACUGUUAUCUAUGUUAUCUAGGCAUACUUGACUUUAACUUUAUAUUAUUUCUUAGCAUAGAGAAAACACUAGACUGUGACAACUUGUGUUUUGUUUGUUUGUUUGUUUUUCUAGUGUUUGACCAAAACACUCUGGCAUACAAUGACAUUUUAAGCUUGAAACCUCCACAGCACCAUCCUUAUUUUUUUAAUAAUGAAUAAGAAAGUCUCAUAUGGCGACUUGAAAUAUGCUUCUGAAGCGGGUCCUUCUUUAUGCAGUAAAGCUCUGUUUACAGUGAGAUACCAGCUAUUUAACUUAAAAUGGACCUGUUAUUGCUUAUCCUUCAUCUGUCCCGUGUAUACUGUUAAUAAGGGUUGAUGCUCAUAUUAAACCGGGCCGAAAUUGCAAAAAUUAUGACGUCCCACGUUCAGGUAAUCCCUGUAAGAUAAAAGCUGAACUUGGGCUGCAUUAAACACCUGGUUUUGGAUGUUUGUUUGUUUUUUCUUUUUUCUUUCUUGGCUCUAUCUGAUGUCACUGAGGGCUUAGACCUGCAGUUUAAACCUUCUAUUUGCCAGGGGCAGUCAAUCCAAAAGGCGCUUGUUUCAGACUGUAAUUACCACAGUAGCUCCUCAUUAGAGAUAAAACAAGUAAAAGUCAGAGUUACUGCAGUUUUCUUCCUGUUUCAGUCAUACAGCCUCUAAUCAUGUCACACCAUCGGCUUGAAUCAGUGAAAGCUGGCCAGUAUGACUCCUCUGCUUACAGCCCUAGCAUAUAAGGAAAUUCUUCUUCAUGGGUUCUUUGUUGUUACUGGUUUCUGUAUCACUUACAGUAUGUAAAAUAAUGUGUUUUGUAUACCUCAGACGGCCACUAAAGGCACGCAAUAAUAAUGGAGUCUUAAUGCAACUCUAUGACACAGACGAGGGUGACAUUUUCGUUUAGCAGGACCUUUUCUUUGCACUAGCGGAGGUGGCAGGUUUGCCGAGAAGGUGAAUGUAAGCUGAAUUCUCAAAACUCCUGCUUUUUUUUUCUUUCUCUCUUUCUUUUUUUGAGCAAGUACAAUCUGUUCAACUUCACAUACUUCAUAUUACGUCUUGCAUGUUUUUAACAUUUGUAACUGUCAUUUGCAUUUGUCAUUAAAAUGUAUGUGGAGAGAGAGAAGUGUGUGUCGUGCGACUGGUGAUGCAGAAUAUUACGUGUAUUUGUGUGGGCUGUAAGAGAUAAUGAGUCCUGAUAGGCAGAAUUUUAAGAUGUUUUUUUUCCCUUUAUUUCUUAAUGGGUUUGUUUUAUUUGUUUCUCAUCAUUUACCUGCUAAAAUAAAAUCAAUUGAAAAUCAAUAGAUGAAUUUACAGUGGAACAUUUAUGUCUUAAAAUGGAAAUUAGAUGCUGUUGUGAGGUAAUUUGCAUUUGUGGUUCAAUAAAUGUGUAAAGGGUCCAGAAACACGGUGUAGAUGGAUCAGUGCUGUGUUAGGUGGUGAAUAAAUAAAUCUGAG